AUGAUUAAUCUUUUAUCACGUUUAUCAACUACAACUUAUACACAAUCAUCUGAUGUUGAAAAUGCAUCAAAUGGAAUUUUUGCAUAUAAUCGAGAAGAGAUUAAAUUUCCAACAACACAUGUCAAACUUAUGAUUAAUUACAACUCAACUGAUGAUAUUCAUGUUUAUUUUUUUGUACGUUAUUCUUAUUCUCAAGCGAAUAUAACAAUAGAUCAUCAUCAUCAUCCAAUGAUACUUAAUCAAACUCAUAUUAUUAAAAAUUAUCAUUGUAUACCAUUACUAUCGAAUCUUUUUCAUAAUUCUAUACAUCAAAAACAUUUUCUAGAUAUUCAUGUACAUUAUAUACCAACAUUGGAUAAAAGAGAAGACAAAUCUUAUGUAUAUCCUAACAGAAUAUCUUUUUAUUUAAAUCUGGCGAUGCUUUUUGCUUAA